ACGGAGGAGCGGAGUGUGUUCAGUGUGAAGCGGAGGAGGAUCGGCACCGUGCGGCUGUCAGGGAGCAUUAGGGAACCGGAGCAGAGGAGGGCAGAACCGAUCCGGAUCCUCCGCUCUACCGACCGACAUCUGAUCCGAGCUGAGGCCGGGGGGAGGCGGAGCAGGCUCGGCUGGCUGCGCGGAGCAGGCUCGGCUGGCUGCGCGGAGCGGAGCGGCGCGGCGCUGCGGGGGAUGUGCGCACACAAUGGGAGAGGACGCGCUGGCACCGAGCGGGACGCAGCGGAGGAACACUGCUGAUGUGUCGGUGAGCCGGUGAUGGAGACGCCGGAGCGCUGAGAGUUUCCAGCAGAGAGGAAGCUGCGGGUGCCAGUUUGAAUCCGCUGGGAUGAACACGGAAUGUACUUCCUGCCGUUUGCACGUCUGGAUGAAGGAGCAGUCUUCCCGUGCCCCCCCAGCGUUUUCUUCUUCUGCUGUUUGUUUGAGGAAACGUUUCAGAUUAAUGAGUGUGCAGAAAACAACAGACUGAAUCACCUGAGAGAGUCUGUCAGGCUGGAGGUGGAGGUGUAGGUGAGGCUGCAGGACCAGGGGAAGGUGGAGGAUGUACCUCCUGGACAGCAGCUGCACUGACAGGAUGGAGCGGGGCACUCCUCAGAGGAAGACCGUCUACAGGAUCUCCCUCACCUUAGUGAAGAAGGAGAGUCUGCCGGACGAAGACGGCGUCUCAGCCUCCCCCAAGGCGGGCUCGUUCAGGCGGGAGGGCUCGGUGGAGGUGCAGCGCAGCGGGCUGCUGGAGCAGCUGAAGGAGGUGGAGGAUGAAUCGGAGGAGUUCCCGUCGUCUCACGGCUUCAUGAGGAACUUCAGGACAUUCAGCACAGGGCAGCUGGAGCUGGGCCGCCUCAAGAUCUCCAGGAAACAGCUCCUGCAAAAGGAGGCGAAGGAGAAGAGUCCGGUCACAGACUCUGCAGCGAGGACGCAGAAGGAGGACUCAGAGGAGGCCGCUGUGGAGAACCUGCAGAAGAAGAAGAGGCUCCUGAAGGCGAGGAGCAUGGAGGAGCAGAGUCCUGAGCCUCCUCUCAAUGGAGACGGGAAGCUGUCUCACUCCAAGAGUAACGGCAAAGCAGCCAAGGCCUCGUCCCCGGAGACGCCUCCUCUGAAGCGUCCUCCCGGCCUCCUGCGCCGCAGCUUCAGCUUCAGACACUGGAGCGGUGGCGAGCUGCUGCGCCUGCGAGCGCUCUCCAAAGACAAACACCACAGCAGCUCCGGAUGCAUCAGCCGCGACGCCGAGAAGGACGCCGAGGCAGCCGGUGCGACCCCGACGUCACGCCCCCUCGACCCCAACAGGCAGAAGAGCCGGACGCUGGAGGUCGGCGCCGUCCUCAACAAGACGGACUCCAUGUCUGAGCUGAGUCGGUGGGAGCGAGCGCGAGGGAACAAGAACCGCACGCUGGACAACAGCGACCUACUGCGGCUGUCCGCAGAGAAGGACGGGUCAGGAGGCUUCCUGCUGAGGGGAGGCGGCGGGCGCUCCAGCGAGCAGCGCCUGGUGCGCUUCUUCAGCGGGAUCUUCUCCAGGAGGGACGGAGCGACCACCUCCACCCCGACAGGAAGUCCCAGCUCCACCCGCUCCCUGCAGAGGAGACACAGGAGGGUUCUGUCGCAGUCCAGCACCGAGAGCAUGAACGGAGGUGAAGAUGCGUUCGUGAACAGUCAGGAGUGGACGCUGAGUCGAUCGGUACCAGAACUGAAAGUGGGCAUUGUGGGUAACCUGGCCAGUGGUAAGUCGGCGCUGGUCCACAGGUACCUGACAGGAACGUACGUGCAGGAGGAGUCACCUGAAGCUGACGUGGAUGCAGGCGGUCGCUUUAAGAAGGAGAUCGUGGUCGACGGUCAGAGUCACCUGCUGCUCAUCAGAGAUGAAGGAGGCCCCCCGGAGGCUCAGUUUGCCUUGUGGGUGGACGCCGUGAUCUUCGUCUUCAGUCUGGAGGACGAGAUCAGCUUCCAGACGGUCUAUCACUACUUCAGCCGCCUCGCCAACUACAGGAACACCGCAGACCUGCCGCUGGUGCUGGUCGGCACGCAAGACGCCAUCAGCUCAGCCAACCCGAGAGUGAUCGACGACAGCCGGGCCAGAAAACUCUCCAACGACCUCAAACGCUGCACUUACUACGAGACCUGCGCCACCUACGGCCUGAACGUGGAGCGAGUCUUCCAGGACGUCGCCCAGAAGAUCGUGGCCACCAGGAAGAAGCAGCAGUUGUCCAUCGGGCCGUGCAAGUCGCUUCCCAACUCGCCGAGUCACUCGUCCGUCUGCGCCACGCAGGUGUCGGCCGUCCACAUCAGCCAGACGAGUAACGGCGGCGGCAGUUUGAGCGACUACUCGUCGUCGGUGCCGUCGACGCCCAGCACCAGCCAGAAGGAGCUCCGCAUCGACGUGCCGCAGACCACCAACACGCCCACGCCGGUCCGGAAGCAGUCCAAACGCCGCUCCAACCUCUUCACCUCGAGGAAAGCGAGCGACACGGACAAGGACAAGAAAGGCCUGGAGGCUCGAGCCGACAGCAUCGGCAGCGGGCGAGCCAUCCCCAUCAAACAGGGCAUGCUGCUGAAGAGAAGCGGUAAAUCCCUCAACAAGGAGUGGAAGAAGAAGUACGUGACGCUGUGUGACAACGGACUGCUCACCUACCACCCCAGCCUGCAUGACUACAUGCAGAACGUCCACGGUAAGGAGAUCGACCUGCUGAGGACCACGGUGAAGGUGCCGGGGAAGAGGCCGCCUCGCGCCAUCUCCACCUGCGCCGCCGUGCCCAGUCCCAAAACCAACGGCCUGACGAAGGACAUGAGCAGCCUGCAGCUGGGACAGACUCCAGGUUCGGUGACCACGAGCACGUCGGUGUCUCAGAUGGCGAGCGGCGUCAGCUUGGUGUCGUUCAACAGCCGCGGCCUGGAGGGGAUGCACCAGCGCUCCUACUCCGUGUCCAGCGCCGACCAGUGGACCGACGCCACCGUCAUCGCCAACUCUGGAGUCAGCACAGAUACGGGCCUGGGAGACUCGGUCUGCUCCAGUCCCAGCAUCUCCAGCACCACCAGUCCCAAGAUGGAGCCGCCGCCGUCGCCGCACGCCAACCGCAAGAAGCACCGCAGGAAGAAGAGCACGAGCAACUUCAAAGCCGACGGCCUCUCUGGUACUGCGGAAGAACAAGAGGAGAACUUUGAGUUCACCAUCGUGUCGCUGACGGGACAGACGUGGCACUUCGAGGCCACUUCGUACGAGGAGCGAGACGCCUGGGUGCAGGUCAUCGAGAGCCAGAUCCUGGCCAGCCUGCAGUCCUGCGAGAGCAGCAAGAACAAGUCCCGUCUGACGAGCCAGACGGAGGCCAUGGCUCUGCAGACCAUCAGAAGUAUUCGAGGAAACGGUCGCUGUGCCGACUGUGAUAUGCAGAACCCAGACUGGGCGAGUCUGAACCUCGGAGCCCUGAUCUGCAUCGAGUGUUCGGGGAUCCACCGGAACCUGGGCACCCACCUGUCCAGGGUCCGGUCUCUGGACCUGGACGAGUGGCCGCUGGAGCUCAUCAGGGUGAUGACGGCCAUCGGCAACGAGCUCGCCAACAGCGUGUGGGAGGCGAACACGCAGGGACACCUGAAACCUGGACCGGACGCCAGCAGGGAGGAGAGAGAGCGCUGGAUCCGGGCGAAGUACGAGCAGCGUCUGUUCGUGGCGUCGCUGCCCGGCGCCGACCUGUCGCUGGGCCAGCAGCUGCUGAGGGCGACGGCCGAGGAGGACCUGCGGCUCGUCGUGCUGCUGCUCGCACACGGAGGCCGACAGCAGGUCAACGAGACCUGCGGCGAGGGAGACGGACGCAACGCGCUGCACCUCGCCAGCCGCAAGGGCAACGUGGUCAUCACGCAGCUGCUGAUCUGGUACGGCGUGGAUCUGAUGGCGAGGGACGCACACGGCAACAGUGCGAUGGCGUACGCUCGGCAGGCCAACAGUCAGGAGUGCGUGGACACGCUGGCUCAGUACGGCUGCCCUGACGAGCGCUACCCGCUCAUGGCCACGCCCAACCUGUCGCGCCGCAACACCAACCGCAACAACAGCUGCAGCAGCGCCGGGAGCGCCGCGCUCAUAUGACGAGGACUCCGUGACCCCAUCCGGGAGAAUCCUGAUCGUUUAUUUUGGGAACCACUACCUGUUGUGACUCUAAGCCCCGCCCCUAUCACCUUGACGACCACCGCUGCCGCCGGCUCGUUGAGACUGAUUGAGACUGAUGGCGGCUCGGCGGCGGCGGCGCUGCGUCCACAGGAGGAACCGCGGUGGGAAACGUAGUCAGCCUUCAUCAGAGCAUUUUGGGAAACACGUGACUUACGACAGCCAAUGACGGCCAGUCUGACGCUCGAGUGACAUCAUACCUCAUCCGCUGUAAUUUAACACUACGCGCCCCAACAGCCAAUCAGAAUCUCCGGAGGUCUGUCUCGCCAAAACAUAUCGUCAACACGUCACGAGCAAAACUGUGAGACGGAGACAUGGAAGGAGGCGGAGCCCAGGUGGCGGACUCCGCCUGCAGCGUCAGUGUUUCACCUUUACGUUACGAUUCUGUGAACUCUUUCGCCUUUACACGUUUUUUUAAUGUGAAAAUAUCUCGAUGUAAAAGAUAAUAUCAGAUCUUAGUGGUAAAACACGAGUGUGAUAGAUCGCAUGUCCUAGACACUUUCUGCUUCUUUUUGGUUUUUUAUUUUAAUUUAAGGCCUCUUGGUUUCCUGGAUUGUGUAUAUUGUAUCUGAUGUGCAUUGCUGGACCAAUCGUUCGAAACACGUCAACACGGGGAAGUUUUUAUAUUUGUUUGUUUUUGCGGGUGUAAAAAGUCGUUAAUGUACAGAAGCUCUUGUCAGGCUCAGGGACCGGAGACUGUCGACCGUCAGCGACCCAUCUUCGUCUUUUCCCAGAGAAUCCUUCCACCAGGAGUCGGGUCGCAUCUGUUUUCACUUCGCUCAGCUCAGAAUCCAACAGAACCAGAACCUGUUGGAUUAUUCUCUCGAUUCACAGGCCGUAAAGUAUCAAACACAGAAACUCCGGCGGCGUCCACAAGUACGAUCGACCCAAAACCGACAGAUGUUCGGUUUUAGAAGACGAAGAAAUCAAGCAAAUGAACACAUACGACAACGACUGGAACCAGAUUCUGGACUUCUGACCCGAAACAUCCAGACAGGUUUUAUUCAUAAUUCAUGAUGUUGCAGCCACAGCACCGACUUUGUUUGGAUUUUAAAGGUUUUUAUGACAGAAGAAAAGUCUGAGCUGACUGGACUGAAAUCUGAAACCCGUCCUGGUGAAAAGAUCAUAAUUUAAACCGUCCCUGAAGUGAAUUUAACUGUUUUUAAUGUGUAAAAAAAAAAUGGAAAAGACAAGGAAGCAGCUAACAGCCACACGGAGCGAAAAGGGAAUUAUCUUCUUCUUCUUCAUCUUCUUCUUCUUCUUCUUCUUCUUCUUCUUCUUCUUCUUCUAAAACUCACUUCUUCCACCAGAACCACGACAUGAACCCACGUACACGUCACCGUGUCACGUUCCCUCCAGAACCCGCUGUCGUCUCCCGUCUGUCCCGUCCAAUCAGACAGUCUCCCCGAUCUGCUCAGCGAAUCACAAAGAAGGGCUUCUUCCUCGUCUCUGGUCUUGAAACCUCCUCGUUGUAAAUAAUCUCCUCUUUCUCCGUCACCUUCGUGUAAAGUAGAGAACACAGGAAGUACUUAAUGUUUGCCGGUAUGUCGGGUCGCAGAGUGGAAGUAGAUUUAUUCUGACGUUUGUUUGUGUGGAGAGAAAACCAUCAGCAUCAGCGUGGCGCUGAUCCGUCCAUGCAGGAAGUCCAACCAGGUGUCCGAACCAGUCGAUCCCAACCUGGAGGUCUUUAUGCUGCUCGAACUGUCAAGCCGAACGAGUCGAGACCGAGUCCAAUUUCAGAUGUGUGAGUCAAGACCAAGUGGUCAAGUCUCGAUAAACCACUUCAGUGUGAUAUUCUGAGGCCUUUUCAAGUCCGAGCAGCUUCGAGAACGAGUCAAGAUCAAGUACCAGUUCUGAUCAAGGACUGGAUCGUUAUUCAGAGACGUUUCAGUCAAGACCACAUCAAUCUGAGACGGAUCUGAACCUGAGCAGGUUAAACAACGGGUCAAGACUGAAGUCAAGAGUCCAAAUCCAAACAAGUUUGAGCAAAGACCAAGUCUAGAUUUGGUCGAGUUUGUCCGAGCCACUUGGUUCUGAGCAGCUUCAUAGAUGCAUCAAGACUGAGUCCAGUUAAAGUGUUCUGAAAAGCAAAUCAGGACCAGUUAAACCACAACGGUCUUCUUCAUACUGCUGCCUCACAAGUCUCUCCUGGACUCGGUCUGAACUUGGACCGCUGGUCUCGUCUCUGGACUAACAGGUUUUGGACCUCUGGUCUCGGCCCGGUGACGUCCUUGUAGAAUUGACUGAGCAUUGAUUUCUUUUGGUAGCUGGAUGUGAACCAUGUGGACUGAACGCUCGCUGAUCAGGCGCUCGUCUCUUUGCUGUUUCGUCCUCAGACGCACUGAGCGGUCGAGUCGCAGCUCUCAGCCCGACUGUGUAUAAAAGCAAUACUGGUGAACACGUCGAUCACGGUCGCCGACUUCCCCAGAACCACAAACACACUGUUUGUAGAAAUGUAUGAAAAAACAUUUUCCUCUUUCUGCCUUUUUGUUUUCUUUAACACGCCUUGACGUUCCUGAAGUCGUCCGACCUUCGUCCUGUUCGUGCCACCAGUCGUCUUAAAGAUGGCGAUUGAUCUCCCGUAAAGACUAAACGUAUGAGUUUGACCGCAACAACUUUAUUUUAUGUUUUUAUAUCCGACUCGUCCCUCAGAGCAAAUGCGUCUUUUUAUUUAUGACAGAAAUGCACUAAAUCUGAUUGUCCGUCUGAACUCUGUCCACUACAGCUUCUUUUGUUCGUCUUCUAUUGGCAAAAACUGUCAUUAGCUUGUUUCUCUAAGCGGUGGUGGCUUCCUCCAAACUUAUGUGUGCUCUUAUUUUGAAAGAACACUUUAAUACAGAAUACCUGGGGAAUCAACAGUCAGUUUAUUUAAAGCUUAAAGAAGAAAAAGCUCAUUUGAAUCUUCUCCUAAAUGUUUGUAGGCACCAGAAUCAUCUCACGCUAACAGUUAGCAGUGAGCAAGCUAGCAGCGUGUUUUUAUUCAGAGACUACACGUUGCGUAAAAAAUUGGAAAAUGUCUCCAAAGAUUAUUUGAGUUAAUGGGAACAGGAAACAUUUAUUUUUCAAGCUAGCAGUGAGCACCUUAGCAUAGCAGCAUUGUUUGAGCCUAGUAAAUUCAAGUUAGCGUUAGUGAGGAACUAGCUAAACGCAGCUAACGGAGAACAAGGUGUAAACAUGGCUGUGCUUUUGCUAAAUUUUCCUGCUGACAAACUGCUGAGUCAGUAAAUUGUGAGACUUGAAACCAAUCUGGAAUCCAAAGUUUAUUUAAUCUUACUGAAGCAGAGAACAUGUAUCUAAAAUGGCCACAGAAACUGCUGAGUCAUCCAUCCUUGAAGCGAAACGCAGAUAGCAUCAAACAACCUAGCGUGGCAUCAUCAUGGAGUCACUAUAAAUACUUCAAUCUAAAUGCUCUUUUGUUUCUUCAAUGAAUUUUUUUUUUUCUUUUAGAGAAUCGACAUCCUGUGAAGCUACAGCCGCAACUAGCUUAGCUUAGUUAGCUAACCUCGGCUAACAGAAAACGCAUGUUUAUUUCCCUGCUGAGUCUUUUCACAACAGUUUUAUUUUGUUUUCGUUAAGAAGCUCGGUAGUAUCAAUAUUCACAAACUGCUGAUUCAUCAGUCACUGAAGCUAAUAAAUUAGCAUCGUUAUUUUCAACCUCACUACUCUGCCGUCAGGUUUUAUGAGCGUGCUUCUCGACAUGAAGCUAAAAAAUGAAGGUAAAGAAAAACACUAGAAACAUCCUGCGAGCUCUUAUUGUCGCUAGCCAUCUGUUAGCAAACAGGUAUUAGCAUGGUGCAAUUUGUUUUCUAAUGGUGUUAGCACAGAUACGACAAGCUAACAAACUAAACAAGUGAAGCUGCCUGCUUGUAUUUAAACCGCCCUGCUUUGAUAGACAACAAGGUAACCGCUCAUCUGUACAUAGACCUCAAACAACAAAACAAAGAAGAAAACGACUCAGUAUGAUCACCGUUUGGUUUGUCUGGUUGUGUUUCCUCUUGUAGCCUUUACCUUUAAGCCCCGCCCACCUGGGCCGUCCAAUACUUUAUUUAUGAACGCACCCUGUGAGGGAGACUCCGCCCCCCGUCAAACCUGCGUUUCUGUAUAUUUUUCUCUGACCUCUCUUAUGAUUUAUCAUCCUGACACAUUAUUGUCCUUAUUGUCAUUGUUCUUCUAAUUAUUAUUAUUAUUAUUAUUAUUAUUGUUAUUGACCUUCUGUUGGCUGUACAGUACCGUUGUUGAAAAGUUUUACUUAAUACAGAGUCUUCUACUGUAAUGUGUCUCUUUCAAUAAAGACGAGAAUAAUGCUUCUUAAUAUAA